AUGUCACAUACCGUCGAAGACCUCAUUGCCUCUCACCCGACGAACCCUGUAGAGAGAACCGGUCACGACACCACAACCGACAAAAAAUGGACCAAGGAAUUCCCGGCCAUCACAAAGCUCGCCGUUCGAACCAGGCACGGUCCAUACGCUCAAGCCGUUCAAGCUGAUUUCGAACCAGCCCUCCUGCCUCUUUACGCCGAUGACGAGAUCCGGCUGACCGAGCGGGCAUCACCUCCAACCUAUCGGACUUGGAAAUUCAGUACUGAGGAAGAUAUGGUCAAUUGGUUUCACACCGAGGUCUCUAACGUCGUCCUCGGCGCCUUCACUAAGGCUCCAUCCGUUCUGCAAUCAUCACACGAGAAACCCUUGGCCGAUGCUAAGGCGGAUGAAGUAGUUGAUGUCGCGUAUUCCAUCGCGAGGGGUCGCACUCGAACCCAUAUCGUGAUCGGGGAAAUGAAGAGAAACCUGAUCAGGAACAGACAGUGGCAAGAUGGCAAUUUAGAAUCGAGUGCGCAGAAAAGCCUCUCACGAGAGCUUAGGGGCUACGCAUACAAGUACUCCUGCCCUCAGAUAUUUUGCUUUGACGGCGAGUACCUAGUCCUGCUACAGUUCAGGGCGAUGAGCGUGAAUGAUAUCAAAAGCCAGGAUUGCAAAGUUGAUUGCUGGGUGAUCCCACGCGUCAACGACGGCGGUGUGACACUUCGAUAUGCCUUAUAUCGGUUUCUGGUCCAGGGCUUUCGGAGGUUCCAAGGGAUGAUAGCAUACCCAGUCCGGUUAAGGGACAUUCCACCGUACAAGCGUGAGUGGUAUAAUGGCCGGCCGCUUUGGAAGAUAGAUGGGACGAUUGUCGCCAUCCCGUUUGGCCACCGUAGGCGUGUCGAUGCCCGUUACGGAGCAUUUUACUGGAGUGCGACAGAGGAGUCGGAUGUGCCUUUAUUAACGGAACAGGGUUCGUGGGUGUAUGACACUGAAGGGUUAUGGGAGUUGGACUAUCCGCUGCCGUGGGAAGUACACCCGGAAAAUAGCCACCAAGUUUUGGCUUCUCAUUCGCCCGACCAGAAUGUCACUUCCUCCAUGAGCCACGAGGGGAGAGCUACGUCUGGAAGCCACCAGACUGUGGCUACCUCUAUGAACCCCUUCCUUAUUGAGGAUGAUGACUUAUACUUGGCGAACUAG